AUGAGUGCUCACGACGUUGAUAAUGCCCACGAUGGCGUCACCAUCCAACUUCCCCCGGCAUCAAAGGAUACAGAUCCUUCUACGGAGUCCCUUAAACAAUCGAUAGAGACUCCUCUCAAGUUCCAAAUACCUGAAGAUUGCCGCACCUUCACGCCUUUUCCUCGCCUGCCGCCAGAGAUACGUGCCCAGAUAUGGCAAGCUACCCUGGAGACUCCCGGCAUGCACUUUCUCAAAAUCGACACUGACUGGCACCCGGCAACAGGGCUUGGAAAAUGGUGGCUCAAAGAGUCGACGUUCCUCCACGCAAGUGCUCAAGGUCAAGAUGGGGAUGUUGAUUCUAUGGCGUUCGAGGUCAGAAGGGAAGCUCGCCCAACUGCAAAGGUGUACGGUACACUGAAGCCUCUCUACCCCACUCCACAAGCCGAUAUCUCUUAUUACACGAAUCUCCAUCAACAGCUCACCAAACUUUCCGUCACAUGCAAUGAAGCUGCCGCCGUAGCCAAGUCCCUUACAAAUCGGUCUACGACUUUUCGCCUUAACACUGGCCGGAUUGUUAGUCUCAACUCCUUCUCGGAUGUCAUCUAUCUCGAAUACGUCCCACCUGAAGUCUACGAAGACAGCAUACGCUUCAACAAGGUUCUGAACUGCUCAGGGCUCGAUCAAAUCCGUAAGGUCGCGGUCAGAUAUUGCCACAAAUGGUUCUUGGCUCAAUAUCUCCCCAACCUGGAGCAGUUCUUCUUUGUCGAUUACCUCAUUCUACGUAAAUCCGACCUCAAUGCUGCCACAGAUCACCACGGGUUCCAGAGAGACUUGAAAGCGAAAACAGGCACAUGCAGGUUCGAGGGCGGGAACAGAAGCUAUUUCGAAGCGGAUACGCAAGAUUGGACUAUCAGCUCCAGAGUUCUUCAAGUCAAAUCUUGGCUACAGGAGAACUUUGUCAAAUACGCCAAGUCGAGCAGCCUGAGCACCCACAAGAACCCAGAGCAGGUCGAGUUUAGAGUUCUCGCUUGCGAAUGGAAUGUUGAACCACCAUCAGAACCAAAGAAGGCACUGGCGAUACCGGUUAAGAAAGGAAGAAACAAGAGAGCCAAUAGCGAGGAGCACACUUUAUCAAGGACGAACCGACGAGGAUCGACGCCGACGGCAUCAAGUCCUGUUGCCGAUAGCCUCCCACUCGACCUGGCUAUCAAGUUCCCGUUCGUUUUUGACGCAGGGGGCAGCAACAACUUUGAGUUCACCUUUUCUAUGUCCCUAAAAUGA